AUGAACAGUCAGGGCAACGUCGUUACGCAUUACGCGCUUCUGAUCGGUAUCGACGCUUAUCCGGAGCUUUCUUUGGACAGCUGCGUGAGAGAUGUCCAAAAUAUCACCAACUACCUCAGGGGAGUUUUGAACUCUGUUCACAUCCAAGUCCUUACAGCAACCAAGAGCGCAGAUUCGGAGUCCCGUAGCCCAACCGAAGAGCCAUCGCUCUGGCCGACAUACCAGAACGUGACUUCAGCCUUUAAAAAGAUUACGGUUCAGGCCACAGCUGGAGAUUUUCCAUACAAUGAAUUCUCUAACAGAUCCACUGGUGAUCUGGCAUUAGUCCUACGCGACGGGGGAAAGGAGAAUCAAGUGAGGCAUCUCUGGGGAUCGAGAUUGGCAUUCUCCUUGAGGGCUAUGGUCGACAAGGGACUAGUAGUGACACUUGUCCUGGACUGUUGUUUCUCUGCAAGUGUUUCUCGCCGCGACGACUCCGGCAUCCGGUCCCUUCCUUACAAUACCGAAAUUGACUCAAGAUUCCCAUUGGACCCCGUGAAGAACCUCGCAAAGGGAGCUGAUCUUCUGGCAAACCGCGAUGCUUCCAUGCUACCGAAUUGGCUUAUCAGCCCAACGGGGUAUGCUAUACUGGUCGCAUGUGGUCCUCACGAGUUCGCGAAAGAGCUUAAGUCUGUGAGCGGCGAGGGCAACGGAGCAUUGUCCUACUUUCUGCCCAGAAACUUCAUAGAAUUCGGUGGCCUCAGGAAGCCACAUAAGAUGAUAUAUUAUUACCUGUGUGCUCAAUUCCGGAAGCACUGGCCUCAACAAAACCCAAUCCUCUACGGGAACAAGAAUCAAGGAUUUUUCGGCCACAUUGAUGUGGGAAUAGAUGUACCUUCGGUCUCAAUCGUCGAACAUGAUGGUAGCCUUUACCUACACGCUGGUCAGGCUCACGGUGUUUGUGAAGGCGAUCAGUUUGCCAUAAGCCCCUUGGACUCUCCAAAGAGUGACUCUAAUGCAAGGGGAGAUGUUAUAAUUGCUAAGAUUAUCCAAGUCAGAGCUCUUACGUCGGACUUAGAGCUAUUGGACCCAACAGCUAUCCGUGCUGAGACGGGGUGGAUCGCAAAGCCUCUCACCCGAUUCUCCCUUCGAAAGUUUCCAAUACGACUCGCUUCUAACCUUUCAAGGCUGGACGAGUGGCUCAUAGCUCUAACAGAACGGUCACUUGGUGUCUGUUUAGACACAGAAGGACGUCAAUUCUCAUAUCAUGUUACACUGAACGUCAAGAAGGAGUACGAAAUCCUAGACGAAUCCAGUCAAAAGAUUGGCAAUUUACCUACGAUGUGGCAGGACCAAAUGGAUGUAGGCUAUAUCUGCGACACUAUAGAACACUUGGCCAGGUACAAACUGGGCCGUGAUCUGGCCAAUAACCUGCCAACGGAUGCUUUCACGGAGUCUUAUGAUGCUCAAAUCAUGACCCGCUCCGGAGGGACUUUCGCUCCGGGAUCUAUCUUAGAAUUAGAACAGGAUGAAGCAGCAAAGUUCAUGUUUGAAUUGAAAGUAGAAAACCAUGGAGAUAAGGAACUCUACGUCCACGUUUUUGAUCUGGGUCCCCUUUGGCAAGUCCAAGAUAUAUAUUGUGGUCACGAAGUCAUUCUUCCACAGCGUAAAGGAGAAAGGUCCACAGGUAUGUUAAAGAAGUUAAAGACGAUGGUUCCGACCGAGAUGAGAGAGAAAGGGAUUCGGCAGUGUGAAGACAUGAUCAAGGUCUUUAUCACCUCUCAGCCGACAUCUUUUGAUCUUUUAGAGUUGCCGAAAUUCGGUCAAGCUAUUAAGGAGCGAAAUACUAGCAGGGUUUACCACAAGUACAGAGAAGUUUCGGAGGAGUGGGCUGCUCUGAAUUUUCUGAUACGCACAUCUUUGAAGUAG